UCUGCUAGAAGAUGGCUGCUGCCAUGAACGGCGACUUAAAUGAAAAUGUGUGUAAUCAAAACAAUCUAAAUAAUUCAAUAAAUGGUACAAACAAUACAAUUUUGUCCCAUUCCAAUUGUAAGGAUCCCCAAGAUGAAUUUAUGUCAUCCUGGGGUUUCAAUGUAGAUGAAUUAUAUAUAUUAGCAGCAACAUUUUUGAAAGAAAAAGAAGGAAAGGCCUUUCACAUAACCUAUAAGGAUAAGCUAUCUCUAGUUGCCUUUAGUAAACAAGUGGCACAUGGAAAAUUUAUUGAGGAAAAGUCCCCUCCUGUUGGCUACUUGGAUGUGAUUGGGAGAGAUCGGAGGCAAGCAUGGCAAACAUUAGGGGAUAUGUCACAAAGAGAUGCCAAAGCAGGGUUUAUAAAUUUAUUAAAUAACAUAUGCCCUCUCUUCCGUCCUUUUGUUCUGGCUCACAAGUGCGACUUAGAAGAGAAAGAGAGGAGAAGGCUAGAAGAAGAAGAAAGGAAAAGACAAGAAGCAGAAGAAGAAGAACAGAUGAGGUUAGAAGAAGAACAACAACGAUUAGAAGAAGAAAGACGUCUAAAACAAGAAAAAGAAAGGCAGAAACAAAGUCAACAAAAGAGGCUUAUACAAGAAGCCUUAAACAGGCAAACAUUUCACCAGUUCAAGGCAUAUGCUGAGAAACAGUUUCCUGGUGAUCCAGAACAGCAGGCUGUUCUUAUUCGCCAACUGCAAGAGCAACAUUAUCAACAAUACAUGCAACAAGUACUUCAAGAACAACUUUCACCUUCUCAGAACCAUAAAACAAAUUCAAUAAAAAUGGCGGAACAAGAAAAUACUGUGGAACCAGUGAGAGAGAGUACUCCUGAAGUGUCAGAAGAAGAAAUAUGUGAUCCUCUACCUGUAGCUGCAGCCCACAUGUGGACCAGGAAAGACAUUGUUGAAUUCAAAGAAGCCAUUCGGAAGGAAGGGGGAGAUGGUAUCAUUAAAGUAGGUCAUGGAGAAACAGUCACAGUCAGAGUUCCUACACACGAUGAUGGUACUUGUCUCUUUUGGGAAUUUGCAACAGAUAGUUAUGAUCUCGGAUUUGGAGUUUACUUCGAGUGGACCAGAAGUCCAGAUUCUCAAGUGACAGUGCAUAUAAGUGAAAGUGAGGAAGAAGAGGAUGAUGAUGAAGAUCUCGAUACAGGUCGAAAUGACAUCGAAAAAGGUGUCACACUUUCUGACAAGCCACCACUCAGUGUUGUCAUACCAGUUUACAGAAGAGAUUGCCAUGAAGAAGUUUAUGCUGGCAGUCACAAUUAUCCUGGUCAAGGAGUGUAUUUAUUGAAAUUUGAUAAUUCGUAUUCCCUAUGGCGAUCAAAAACAUUGUAUUAUAGAGUUUACUAUACUCGAUGAAAAAGACUUGUGAUUAGAUAAAUAUUUUAAGCUUUCGUGGUAUACUAUGCAAUUUUUCACCAGAACUGCUGGGAUCUAUUGAAGCAAUUUAGUGCACAUGCAGUGUUAUUGUUUUGUUAAUCUCAUUGUUUUCCAUUGUGAUAUCCUUUUAAAGCCAGUAUUCUUGAAAUGUAUGGUACAUGACUAAGUGCUAUUUAAACUGUUUCAUGCUUAUUAUCAGCAUUUGAUUACAGUGUUGUAAUAAUAAGAUCAUACACAUCAGUUAGUUGAAUAAAUUAUUUGCUCUUUAAUGUAAAUUGCAUUUUCAUAGAAAGAAUUGAGGGGGGGGGGUGUGAAAUAAAAAAAAACAUAAAUAUUAAGGUAAAUAUUAUGCACAUUGUAGUAUGUAUUUUUAUGUGUGUAUAUAAGAGCAUUAUUCAUCAUAUUCUAGAAGAAUUUACUAUAUUUUUAUUUACGAUUUCUUUUAUAAAAAAAUUACAGUCAGUUCUAUAAUUUUUUUUCUUUGAAAUGAAAAUAAUAUGCAUCUUGUGCAUUAUUUUUAUGUAAAUAAAAUAAUUACUAAUCAAAUAUAUUAGUAUUUAUAAAUUAUAAGUCUCUCAUUAUUAAGAGAAAACUUGUGAUUUUAUAGGGAAUUAGAUUCUUACUACACAUGGAAUAUCAGUCAUAAAAAAAAAAUUAACAUUUGUAAAUAAUAUUUUUGGAAGUGAAAAGAAAAAAGAAGUAACUUUAAAAAGUUAUCCUUAUCAACUCAAUUAACUCUUUGUGUAUUUAAAAUAUUUGACGAACAAUUAAAAAAAAGAUAGAUCAAUUCAGUCUACUUAAUAAUUAAUAUACUAUAUAUGAAUCUAUGCAAUAUAAGACAUUUUUGUACUUGUUAUGAGACAUUUUUAUACCUGAAAACAUGAUAAUCUUUCGCUCUUUAAUAAAAUAAAUCGGAAACAAACUACGUGAAUGAUAUAUGAGCACAAGAAACGACAGCACAUUCAAGAUUUUUUAUAAUUAAAAAAACUUGCAUUUUAAUCGAAAUAUUUAAAAAACUGCCAUUGGAUUACAACAAUGAAUUGUACAUAACAUUAAUAGUUAUAACCAGUUAUGUAUUGUAACUGAAUGUCAUACUCUUACCAUUUUAAUUAUAAUACUUUUUUUUUUUGUAUCUGACAAAAAUAAUCAACUGAAAUUUCUCUUUGUUUGGGUAAAUGAUGUUAAUCAUAUCUUUAUGCUUAAAAUAGUCUUAAUUUUAUUGUUGCUACAAUGAAACAAAAUUAUGUAAUAAUGAAGCCUAUUAAUUUUAAAGGAAAACAUAAUAAUAAAUAAUGUGCUAUGAAAUAAUUUAAAAAGACCAUUAACAUUGCAACUUUUAUGAUCUUUUAUUUAAAAAUAAUUACAUUAAUAAUUUCAGCUCUUUUUCCAAUGUGGCUUAAUAAGUGAAACAUGCUCUUUGUGAUAUUGAUAACAGAAGUAUUUAUUUCAAUUGUUAUUUCAUAAAUAUUGUAAUUAUGUAUAAAAUAUAAUUUAUUAAAAAAUAAUAUAUAUUACACUUUGCAAGGUUAACAUAAACUGUAACAUGCCUCAUAGCUUUAAUAUUUUGUAUGCAACAUUUCAUAUUUAUAUAUAUUUCUCUGUUGUAUUAUUGAAAAUAAUAAAACCAGUUUGGGACAAUUUGAUUGGGUGUUCAUUUUCAUAAUGUGAAAAUAUCAAUUUGUUCUAGAGUUCAAAUAUAUUUUUUCAUUUAGAAUGGAAAAGUUAAGAUUUCAUUUACAAAGAAGUUUAUAGUGGUAUAGGAAAAAGAAAUGGCAUUCAGGAUAAAAUGCUGUAUGGACAGAAAUCAGUUGGGCCGCAUAUUAUAAUCAUAUUAUGCAUGAAAUAUUUAGUGCAGAGUGAUUGUUUAAAGGCCUAAUUGUAGCACUGAUCCUAAUUUUGCAGAUGGAUAGAGAGAUAUAGGCUGCAAUGGCUCAUCAAUCUUUCUAUAUUUUCACUACAGUAUUGAAAAAGAGAAAUUCUCUGUUUCUUAAAAUUCAUUCAUUUAUUCAAGCGCAACAAAAUUUCACUGAAAAUAGCAGAAAAAUGCCCUAAAAAAAACUUACUAAUUCUAUGCUUAGUUUGAUUACUAUAAACAAGCAUACUAACACAUGAAAAGAACUAAUUUAUAAGUGAGCCAGUUUCAGAGCAAAUACAUUAAAUGUUGGUAAACAAAAUAAACAUUUAAUGUUUCAAUAUUUUUUAAUAAUCAUCACUCUAAUUUUUCUUGUAUAAUUAUACACAAUAUACCAUUCUUUUUUCUAAUUUGUACUCUCACAGAAUUAUUUAUUUGUUUGUGACCACUGAUUAUAUAUGAUUUAUUUAACUAAAAAAAAAUGCAAUUAUUUUGUUUCCAUCAUGACCUUCCAUAUCCUUUUCUCAUUUCAUGUCAUUAUAUCACUUGAAAUUUUCUAUAUACAUAAAAUUAAAUUAUGAUUAUUAUAUUUUUCUCAACAAUAACAAAUUAAUAAUUUCUUUCUUAUAUAAUUAUACAGGUAAUAACUUUUCUUGGUGUAAAUGUUUAAAAAAAAAUAUUUUUUUUCCUUAGUUUUUAUAGUUCCUUUUUUUAAUGUAUUGUUAUUUGUUCCUUUUUUUGUAGUGUGAUACUUAACACAUUUAUAAUGACUAUGUUGCAAUCCUUUCUGCUAAAGAUAGUUAAUCUUUUCCUUAAGAUAAAUGCUUAUUGGCUGCUACAAUUGCUGUAUCAGCCAAUAAGCAUAGGUAAGAAUUCUGAAAUUCAUUUCGAAUUUUAAAGAAAAGCAAACGAUUAUGAUUUCACUGCCAUUCUAUUAAAAAAAAUGUCUAUUCUUGUCACUUUCUUAUUCAGUCACCUUACAUGUGAUAAUUAACUGAAAAAUACACUUCAGACUACCGGAAAAUAAUAGAAAAUACCUUUAUAGUAAUCAAAAUUCCUAUUGCAAUAGAUUUUUAUUAUAUGCAUACUCCAAAAUUUAAAGGUUAAGUACUCCUAAUUAAAGAGCAUUGAAUGUGUUAAGCAUAAUUAAUACUUGUGAAGAAAUCAUGGGAGAAUUAACUUCUGAUAUAUUAUUUUUUUUAGUCAAGUUAUUUGAUUUAUUGCCUUAUGUGUAAUUUUUCGAGUUUAUUUUAGUUAUUUGUAUUUUGAAAUGUCUAUAAUGCAUGUUUGAUAAGAAGUUUUACAUUUGAUUAUAAAAUAUAUGAUAUGAGGAAUAAUAACUCACUUUCUACAUUUUGACAACAUAUAAAUUUAAAGAAAAUAGACAGAACUAAUCCCUCUCUAUUUGCUUAUAUAUUGAAGGUCAUAAUAUUUUACAAGUACUUGUGUAAUUGCAAAUAAUAAUGCCAAGCAAUAAAAAAGUGUUAAUACAUUUCACUAUUUUUUUCAAAAAAUAUUCCUUGGUUAUUAGUGAACAUAACAAUACUUCAGGGAUUUUGCAUAAAAUAAAUAAUAGAUAAUGUAUAAAAAUUCUCUCUAAUUCUUAAUUACUGAAAAAUUCUAAAAACUGUGUUUAAAUUUAGAUUAGCCUCAUAUUUGUAUAUAUUAAAAUGCUUUCCAUAAAACCAGAAUCUAAUUAUUAUCUCUUAUAUUCUUACCAUAUAUUAUUUUAUAUGUAGCAUUAUUUGAUUCUCACAAAGGAUAUUAAUUAUUAACAUAAUUAUAGCAUACUUAUGGAAAGAAAAAAGAAAAAAAUGGAAACAUUUUUUUAUGUGAAGGAGUGUAAUGUACAAGAAAAUCUUUAAUUUUAAUAUCGGUUCACAUAUUGAAUGUCAGAAAUUGCAUAUGACACAAAAUUUCUGAAUAUUGAGUUGCUGAUUGCAUUAAAUAUCUCUUAAUUGUUUAGAUUGGAUUUUAAAAAUUCCUUAAAUUGUUUACAUAUUCCUUAAAGAUAUUUUUUUAAUAAUCUUAGAAGGCAGAAACAAGUUCACAGAGAAGUCCCAAGAUACUUUUAAAGCAAUCAUGCACUCACAUAUGUAAAGUAAUUUUGCAGAAUAUUAAGUAAUAUUUUAUAAACCUGAGAAGAUGGUUUAGUAAUUGAAAUUUGUUACUGCACGCUAUCAUUCAAGUUCAAUUAAAGUUAUCAAUAAAAGUUUUUUUUUUUGAAGAUACUGGAAGUUCUAUGCAUUAAUAAUUUGUAUAUAAAGAAUAAUAUUUUAAAAAAAUCUAAUUUCAUUAAUUAAAUGCAAUUUAAACUUGGAAAAUGUAAAGAAAAGUUUUAUUAUUCAACUAACUAAGCCAUUCAGUAUAAUUAUUUUUAUGCAACAAAAUAUAAGAUAUUACAAAAAUUAUGUUUAUUAAUAUUAUGUACCAGUGCAAUUUUUUAUGAUGCUAAUGCAACACAAUUUUGCAAUGAGGAAUGAACCCAUUUUGUUGAAUUAAGAGUCUCUGUUUUAAAUGUUAUUUAAGAUUAUGUAAUUUGUUUUAAAGAGGAACUUAAUUACAAAUUCUGUGUUAUAUACAAUUGAUAAUGCAGUAAUUUAUUUUGAUAUAAUGCAACAUUUGUUUAUUUGCAUAUUAUAAUUUUUUGUAAAUUAUGAAAAUAAUAGUGUUUAAAACAAAGUAUAGAAAAUGGUAAUAUUUAAAAAUAUUUGCAUUGCUUCCUCUGUUAGCUAAUAAAGCAUAACUGUGUUGGCACAUAUCUCUCUUCUUUCUAACUAUACAGUGUUAAACAAUGUAAUAAAAUAUACUGUUUAAUGACAAAAAUAAUUUAAGGCACCUUCAGAAAAAUUGAUGUAUUAUUAUUAUUUCAUUUUCAAAUAAAAAUUUCAAUUUUCAUAAAUUUGCAAUUAAAAUAAAAUGUGCCAUAUUAUUUCCUAGUGCAAUACUAGUAUGAAAAAUUCAUUGCAGUAUUAUUGUUACAAGUUCCUCAAGCAGUCUACAUUUGGAAUUAAAUUCAUACUGCUUGUAGUAAACAGGAAUGUACUGUGUGUAGAUAAAAAACAUCCUUAAAAUAUUAAAAGAAUAUAUAUAUUAUAUAUAUCCUUCUAAUAUUCAUAAAAACUUUUUUGUUAUUGUUAUUAACUGUCUUAAAUUUUUUAUUAAACAUUUAAUUUUUUGUUAUGAAAUGUAACGAUAUUUCUAAACAGGAAUGGAAUAUGCAUAAAAAAAUAUUUUUCAAAUGCACAAACUUUGUGUGAUAGCUUGGGAAGAUUGUAAUUUCUCCUUCUUUUAAAUUUAUUUUCUUACAUCUGCUGUGCAGAAUGAGAAUGUUAAAGUUAUGUAUAAGAAAAUAAAGAUACUUUAUAUGAACAUA